CACUCCACUCCUCAAUAUCAGAAAAAAAAGAAGAGCACAAUAAUGCUUCGGUUUGAUAUCUUACUAAUCACGGCACUUGCCAUUUCCUCUGUUUUUGUGGUCAUGGCCCAAGUCCCUCCCGAGAAACAAUUCAGAGUCCUCAACGAACCAAGCUACGCCCCAUACAUCAUGGAGUACGACGCCAGUUACCGAUUCCUCGAGUCACCGAAUCAGAGCUUCUUCACAUUUCCUUUCCAGCUCAUGUUCUACAACACUACUCCUAGCGCCUACGUGUUAGCUCUCCGAGUCGGAUCGAGGCGUGAUAUGGAUUUCCCGCGUUGGAUCUGGGACGCCAAUCGCAACAACCCCGUCGGAGACAACUCCACGCUCUCAUUCGGCCGCAACGGCAACCUCGUGCUCGCUGAGUUAAACGGCCAAGUUAAGUGGCAGACUAACACAGCAAACAAAGGCGUCACCGGAUUCGAGAUCUUGCCCAAUGGAAACAUGGUGCUACACGACAAAAACGGUAAAUUCGUUUGGCAGAGCUUCGAUCACCCAACAGAUACACUCCUCGUCGGCCAGUCUCUCAAAGUUAACGGAGUUAACAAACUCGUUAGCCGAACAUCUGACAUGAACGGCUCAGAUGGUCCGUACAGUAUGGUGCUGGACAACAAAGGUUUAACAAUGUACGUUAACAAAACCGGUACGCCGUUAGUGUACGGCGGAUGGACGGAUCACGACUUCCGGGGCACCGUCACCUUCGCCAUUACACGGGAGUUCGACAAUGUAACGGAACCGUCAGCUUACGAGCUUCUCCUAGAGCCCGCACCACAAACGGCUACGAAUCAAGGUAAAAACCGCCGGUUACUCCAAGUCCGACCCAUAGGCAGCGGUGGAGGAACUAUAAACCUAAACAAAAUAAACUACAACGGAACGAUUUCGUUUUUGAGACUUGGAUCUGACGGUAGCCUCAAAGCCUUCUCGUAUUUCCCAGCCGCGACGUAUCUAGAAUGGGAAGAGUCGUUUGCUUUCUUCUCCACCUACUUCGUCCGUCAAUGCGGCUUGCCGACGUUUUGUGGCGAUUUCGGAUAUUGCAAUCGUGGAAUGUGCGUCGGGUGCCCUACACCGAAAGGUCUUCUAGCAUGGAGUGAUAAAUGCGCAGCACCUAAAACGACGAAGUUUUGCAGCGGAGGCAAGGGUAGAACUGUAAACUACUAUAAGAUAGUUGGCGUUGAACAUUUUACUGGGCCGUAUGUUAAUGGUGGACAAUGCCCGAUAUCUGUAGGCGACUGCAAGGCCAAGUGCGAUCGUGACUGUAAGUGUUUGGGUUACUUCUACAAGGAGAAGGACAAGAAAUGUUUGAUCGCUCCUCUUCUUGGCACACUCAUCAAAGACGCCAACACUUCUUCCGUUGCUUACAUCAAGUAUUAAUGCUAUCCUAAGAGACUUUACGAAUAAUCAGUGUGUUUUGUAAUGAUAAACCCUCUUCAAAGCCAGCGUAACAGACUUGACAGUCCAGUCAAUAGAUUACCUGUGUCAUCAAAAACUUGUUAUCCAUGUGUUUCUUUACUUUUGGUAUAUAUAUAUGAUGGCAUAUAUUCGAUCUUA